AUGUCAUUCAAAGUCUUCAAGGGCUCGCAGAAGGGCGUCGUGCAGUCCAGCACCCCCAAGCCCGCGCUGACCGGCGACAAGGUCCUGGUCAAGGUCUCGCACUCGGGCGUCUGCGGCACAGACCUGCACUACAAGUCCGCCGACAUGGUCCUCGGCCACGAGGGCGUCGGAUCCGUCGAGGAAGUCGGGCCCGAAGUGCGCGAGCUGAAGAAAGGCGACCGCGUCGGAUGGGGGUACGAGCACGACUCCUGCGGGCGCUGCAGACACUGUCUCUCCGGCUUCGAGACGUUCUGCCCGCAGCGCGCGAUGUACGGGAUGGCAGAUACGGACCAGGGCUCGUUUGCGAGCCACGCCGUCUGGCGCGAGGCGUUUCUGUUUAAACUCCCUGAUGGCCUGGACAGUGAGGCCGCGGCGCCGCUGAUGUGCGGUGGGGCGACGGUGUUCAAUGCGCUUGUUGGCGCGGAGGUGAAGGCUACCGAUGUCGUUGGGAUCGUUGGGAUCGGCGGGCUAGGACACCUGGCGAUCCAGUUUGCCGCGAAGAUGGGCUGCUAUGUUAUUGUGUUCAGCGGGACGGAGAGCAAGAAGGAGGAGGCGAUGAAGCUGGGCGCGAGGGAGUUUGUUGCGACAAAGGACGUCAAAGAACUGCAGACGAGCCGCAAACUGAAUAACCUGAUCGUCACCACGUCGUUCCUCCCCGAUUGGAGCCAGUUCCUGGGCGUCCUUGAUAACCGCGCGACGAUUUCCCCGCUGACGGUCUCGGGCGAUGACUUUGUGAUUCCCAACCAGGAGAUGCUGGUGCGUGGGUUGCGGGUGCAGGGGGGCAUUGUGGCGGCGAGGCAGGUGCACCGUGAGAUGCUGCAGUUUGCGGCGUUCCAUGGGGUCAAGCCGAUUGUUAUGCGGUUUCCCAUGAACGAGAAGGGCAUCGGCGAGUGUAUGAAGACGCUGGAGGAUGGGAAGAUGCGGUAUCGCGGGGUUUUGGUGGCGGAGUAA